CACCUGCGGGAGACGGAGAGUCAGCUCACCUCCCCCUCCACCUCACGGACCCACUGCCCUCUGCCACGCUGACCCCGGACCCCUGCUCACGUCAGGUCCCGGUUGAACUCCUGCACUGGGUUGUAGAAGACUUCGUUGGCGCUGGGGAAGACGAUCUUUGCGGCCCCCUCGGUGACCGUCGUCUCCUGAGCCUCAGCUGCCGCCAUGGCACAGACCCUGCAGAUGGAGAUCCCAAACUUCGGCAACAGCAUCCUGGAGUGCCUCAACGAGCAGCGGCUGCAGGGCCUGUACUGUGACGUGUCCGUGGUGGUCAAGGGCCACGCCUUCAAGGCCCACCGGGCUGUGCUGGCUGCCAGCAGCUCCUACUUCCGGGAUCUGUUCAACAGCAGCCGCAGCGCCGUGGUGGAGCUGCCGGCGGCCGUGCAGCCCCAGUCCUUCCAGCAGAUCCUGAGCUUCUGCUACACGGGCCGGCUGAGCAUGAACGUGGGCGACCAGUUCCUGCUCAUGUACACGGCCGGCUUCCUGCAGAUCCAGGAGAUCAUGGAGAAGGGCACCGAGUUCUUCCUCAAGGUGAGCUCUCCCAGCUGCGACUCGCAGGGCCUGCACGCCGAGGAGGCCCCGUCGUCCGAGCCGCAGAGCCCCGUGGCACAGACGUCGAGCUGGCCGGCCUGCGGCACCCCGCUGCCCCUGCUGUCGCGCGUCAAGACGGAGCAGCAGGAGUCGGACUCGGUGCAGUGCAUGCCCGUGGCCAAGCGGCUGUGGGACAGCGGCCAGAAGGAGGCCGGGGCUGGCGGCAGUGGCAAUGGCAGCCGCAAGAUGGCCAAGUUCUCCACGCCAGACCUGGCCGCCAACCGGCCACCCCAGCAGGCCCCGGUGGUGGCGGCGGCACAGCCCACUGGGGUGGCCGUGGCGGUGGCGGCCGGGGCCGGGGCUGGGCAGCCAGCUGGGGGCGCAGCAGCCACAGGGGGCGUGGCAAGCGGGCCCAGCACCUCGGAGCGAACCAGCCCCGGCACCUCGAGCGCCUACACCAGCGACAGCCCCGGCUCCUACCACAACGAGGAGGACGAGGAGGAGGACGCGGGCGAGGAGGGCACAGACGAGCAGUACCGGCAGAUAUGUAACAUGUACACCAUGUACAGCAUGAUGAACGUCGGCCAGGCCGCCGAGAAGGUGGAGGCCCUCCCCGAGCAGGUGGCCCCCGAGUCCCGGAAUCGCAUCCGGGUGCGGCAAGAUCUGGCGUCUCUCCCGGCCGAACUCAUCAACCAGAUUGGCAACCGCUGUCACCCCAAGCUCUACGAUGAGGGUGACCCCUCGGAGAAGCUGGAGCUGGUGACAGGCACCAACGUGUACAUCACGAGGGCGCAGCUCAUGAACUGCCACGUCAGCGCGGGUACGCGGCACAAGGUCCUGCUGCGGCGCCUCCUGGCCUCCUUCUUUGACCGGAACACGCUGGCCAACAGCUGUGGCACCGGCAUCCGAUCUUCCACCAACGACCCCAGACGCAAACCGCUGGACAGUCGCGUCCUCCACGCCGUCAAGUACUACUGCCAGAGCUUUGCCCCCAACUUCAAGGAGAGCGAGAUGAACGCCAUUGCGGCCGACAUGUGCACCAACGCCCGGCGCGUCGUGCGCAAGAGCUGGAUGCCCAAGCUCAAGCUGCUCACGGCCGAGGGCGACGCCUACACCACCUUCAUCAGCGACACGGGCAAGAUGGACCCGGACAUGAUGGGCGUGGAGCACGGCUUCGAGCCGGCCAGCCACGACAGCGAGGCCGGCCCCUCGGCAGAGGCCCUCCCAUAACCUGCGCCAGCCUCCCGAGGGGCCUCGCUCUCCUCUCCCUCCACACCCGCCCGCCGUCCUGGUCACGACUACUGUCCCUCCCUCCCCGGACCCACGGGGGGCGCUGCAUGCUCCCGGCCCCUCUGCCCCGCCCCACCCCAACCUCCACCCGAGUGGGCACGGCUGGGGCGGGCGGGCGGGCGGCGCGCGGUUUGUGUGGCCUUCUCGAGCACACACUCGUGCACGGUGGGACCUCUCGCUCCCCCUCCUGAACUCUAGCAACUGUCUCCCCACUCCCCGGGCCAGGCACGGGCAGGGCCGGCUUGGGGGGCUUGGGAGUGCGCCCCCCCCAGCCCUGGGCCCCACACGGAAGCAUUCCUCAGGCUCUGCCCCUCACUGCGGCCCCUCAGGACUCGAAGGGGCCCUGGGGUCCUCUGGACCCCUCCUGCCACCACCUCCCAGUGCUUCCACGUUUCCAAAAGCGCCUUCCUGUCUCCCUCGUCUGUCCCCGCUCCUGGGGCUGGGGUAGGCGAGGCUGCAGGGCUGCCCAUUAUAGCCAAGAAACGGGCCCAGAAAUUCCACAGGCCUGCGGUGGCAGCCCGGUGCCCGUCUCUCCCUGCUGCCGGGCGCAGCCUCUUGCCCCCAUCAGUCCCCUGCGGCUGAGAGGGGCAGGUCCUGAGUGAGGGGCCCUUGGGGGCAGACCGAAGGUCUGUAAGGACAGAACGAGGGGUUUCUGGGGUGGAGAAGCGUGUGUGUGUGCGCUUGCGUGUGUAGAAGUGUUGCUUUUAAACAAAUGAAGGUAGAGGAGGCAGUAGGACCAGGGUUGGAACCCAGGGGGGCAGGCUGGGGGGCUGCUGUCCCCCCUCCCUUCCCCACCCCCACCCUGCCCCACGGCAGGGCUCCCAGCCCCCACACCCUGUACAUACUUUUUAAAACAUUUUUUUAGCUAAUGAAAUAUUGAAGUAUAAGAUUCCUUUUAUUUUUCAAACCAACGGGACUAUGUCUGAUGUCCCCUUCGGUCCCCGGGGGCCGUGGAAGGCAGGACUGGGUGGGGGCCGGGGACAGGCUGCACGUGUG